AUGCCAGUCACUCGUAGUCAAGCUAAAUCGGCUUCUGCAUCUGCUGACGGGGCUUCUGCCCAACCUUCCGACACCAAGGUCGAACCGUCGGACCCGGUCAGGGAACCGUCAUUAUCCAUCUUUGCCGACCUCGCGGACGAUUCUCUUUUGCAUGGCCGCGAUGCCAAAGCGAUUUGUGAUGCCACUACUACGGCCAUUGAGCAGGUAUGGAAUGAUACCUGCGCUACUACCGCUUCUCUCACCCGUAAGAUUAACGAGAGCAAUGCCGCUCUCCAAGAUAAGCUUAAGGAGUCAUUCGCUGCGGUGGGGAAACGCCUCGAUAACCUGCCUACGAUCGCGAUGCUCCACGGGUUUGGACACUUCGCUGGAGCAUGUCCUUCCCCCCGUCGUCAGGGAUCGCUGCCAUCCCAGCCAGUGGCUCGGUCUCCCUUCCCAAACCGCAGCCAGCCGGCCCCUGCGCGCAGUUACAAUGCACAAGCCUUCACAGUCGACCCUUUGUCCGAUGUGGCCACCUUGUCCGCUUCACUCCGGGACUCUCAGGAUCAGCUGCAGCGCUCCCAAGCACGUGUCUCAGCACUACUUCGACGUAACGAGGAACUCACGCAAGCAUCGCUUGAGCGGCCGGUUUCGCCACCUCAUCCAACAUCUUCCGUACUUCCGGACAUCCGCGCUUUGUUUUGUGUCGUCCUGUGCCUCACGGUUUUUGCUUCGCCAGGUAACGCUUUCGAUGCAUGGUUGUGUCCUUCCGACAACCCUGCUACCUUUUUCUUUCUACCGGAUACUCAGAAUUGUUCUGAAAUGUUACCUAACGUCUCCUCUCCGCUCGAUAAGGUUGUCUUACAUGUCUAUCGUCCGAACACGCAGUUAUACUCCUCACCGGCAUUCUUCUGUAAGAUCAUUCGCCAUUCUGUUACGUUUUCCGUUAACUUUUUCGGCGCUCGCCGUGAAACGCAUACGGAAACCCCCCUCCCCGUCUCGGCCGAGGAAUGUCGUCAGAUGGCUCUUCAUCAUCGCUGUUCUCAGGGUGAAAUGCUCGAAUUCUCUGGUCCUCUUGGCGAACCUCGCACACGUCAACCUCCUUUCGGAUGUUGUGUCGACCAUGUCGCUACCGUCACUAAUUGCUACUUCUACAAUACCUCGGUUCAGGUUCGGCAUUCCGAUGCGGCACCCCAAUCCCCCGCGGGGGAUAUGUCCUCCUGCCCAUACGCUGAUGGCACAUGUACACUUUCGGACGGGUCCAUACUCGUCUGGACCCCCAACCGAGAAGAAGAGUGUUCAUUCAUUCUGCUUGCGCGCAUGUCGGGUCACUUAAUGGGAACCAUUUGGAUGAGCGACGACAACGAAUUCGCCCUUUCUUGGAAUGAGCGCUCGCCGAGAGUGGCGGAUUGCUCCAAGCAACUCACGGUUACCGAUCAGGGCUAUGCAAUCCGGGUUUCCCACCGUCAGCCUCGCAGUUCUCCUCCCAACGUCGGGCUCGUCACAACUAACCAGUUGUCUGCACAGUUGUUAGCGGUGGAAGGCGCCACGUAUGCAUCCGUGAGCACCCUUUUUCGCAAUGCCUUGCGCGCCCUUUGCGAUCGCACCAAUACCAUGACAGUUUUCCUUCACUCUGCUCUGGCGUCACACCCCACUUCAACUAUGCGAGCUCUGCUGUCACGUCGGGAUAUAUCGGCACGUCACUUAGGCGGCGGGUAUGUCCAGCUUCGGCGGUGCAUCGCACUUCCAUCUGCGUCCUGGCGCCUGCUGACUUUCAAUGGUACUUGUUACGACCGUCCUUGGGUCGAAGUUCGUCUUCCUAGUGGCUCUGCGAUGCGAGCUUUCCUAGACCCUGACACCGGCGUCCUGCACAGACAGGCCUCGAUGAUCCCUUGUGAGGAAUCCGGCCCCUUCACCUUCCCCUCGUCGACGGGCCUACGUAGAUUUUCUCCCUUGGAUGGGACGUGGUCCUCCAUCCCUUCCCACGAGGUCACCCCG